AUGCCAUGCUGCAAUGUCGCACAUUGGCGGAUGCGCGCGGUGACGCUUGGUAUCACUUUUUUGCUGACCGGAUCGAUCAAUAACUGCGCGGAUGUGUUCAAUUCUGUGCGCCUCAAUAUUCCAUCUUUCCCAAGGAAUGGUCAAGUCAUCGAGGGUUCGAUCUACGACGAUCCAAACGAUGUUGAAUGGCUAAUCUCGUGGAUGGGCCUCGGAUCUCUGUUUGGGAUCGUGCCGUUCGCAAUGUUGUAUCAGAGAUUCGGUGCCAGAUAUGUGCUCUUUAUUUCAGGAAUAACAUGUUCCGUUGUGACGGCUCUGCUCCCCUCUUUCUUAGAGACCAAUUAUUUUGUAUCCGCGGUGCUACGUUUUAUUCAGGGAAUUACAUUUGCCGCCGAUUUUGGCGUGAUCGGCUAUGUGGCAUCGCAAUGGUCGUCAAUGUCAGGCCUCGGUAUGAGUCUAGCAAUCCUCUCGGGUUUCAUCGCCCUCCGCGACGUCGUCCAGCAGCCUAUAAAUUAUUUUAUGGCCAAAAGCGACUGGGCGUGGAAUAUCUACGUGAUGGCUAUACUUGCAUUUACGUUUUCAAUAAUCUGGGUGAUAGUGUAUCGUGAUAUGCCGAUCGACUCACCGUGGAUUUCCGAAGACGAGAUUCUGCGGAUAAAUGAGGGGAAGAGUUUGAGCCACGUCGAAGGCAAGAUGGCCGUUCCGAUUAGGAAAGCGUUCAACGACUGGCGGAUGUGGGGAUUGUGGGCAGCCGCGUUCAUCGACACGUUUACCGCGUUUUUCUGGAUGCUUUACGCCCCGGAUUUCUUCGAGAAACUUGGGUUCGAUUUGAAGCAGCGCGCAACGCUCGUCAUGUCCCUUGGCGUGUCGUUUCUGGCCGCCAAAUUCAUCACCGGAUUCCUGAGCGACCAUGCACGAUGCGUCUCGCAACUCGUUCGCGUUCGCGUCUCGGCCUUCUUCUGCUUCUUGGGGCCAGCCUUGGCCUCGUUUAUGAUACCGCUAACCACACACUACACCGCCUACGUAAUGCUGUUAAUAUUUGUCUGUCUGACGGGCACUAAUGUUGGCGGGUUCUACAAGGCUUGUUUAUUGAUGUACAGGCAAUACUCCUAUUUCGUCGUGGGAACGCUACAGGUCUUCAAAACACUCUCCCUAAUCCUCUCCCCAGUGCUGAAAUCGCUGGUUGCAUCCGAUGGAGCACUGGCGCAAUAUCAUGUGGUGUCCUUCGGCUUUGGUGUGGCCCUCCUGAUCGGACUCGCGCUUCUCCUGGCUUCGGCUUCGGAUGAGAAACGAUAUUGGGUAGAGGAUGAGGACGAGAAGCCCAUCAAGGAAAAGCAUCCGAUUACGCCA